GUUAUGCAGCUGUCUGUCAUUUUUGUGUCAGUGUCAGUUGUUUGUCAAAAUAUUCGGAAAUCAGCCGUGAUCUUAGAAAUAAAUAUUUUAUUUUAUACGAUUCUUGAACCUUUGUUACCAUGGUCCGACUAACUAGUCUGCUAUCCCGCAUCCCUACCAUCAAGUUCCGAAAGGGAGGCGUCGCCGGCGCGGCGCCGUCGGCCGCGGGGCAGGCACAGGCCGGGGCGCCCUCGCCAGCGUCCCACUCGUCGAAAGGCCUGAGCACGUCCACGAUCUCGGACAUCGAGUUGCCGAAGCGCUACCAGCGGCGCCCACUCUCGCAAGAGGAAAUUGACCACAUCAACGGCGGCGGAAUCAGAGAUCCUCAAACCAUAAAUACUGACCCUCAACCCUUGCCUAAGACAGAUAAGACAGUAAUUAUUAAAGUACCUCGUGGCACUCUAUUUGAAUCAUGCAGAGACACAAAGGAUGCUACCAAUGUCAGUAUUGUUGUAGAAAAGGUGACUGCAAAGAGAUCAUAAUGUUUUACUAAAACAAAAAACCCCAAUAAAACAAUUUUAAACAGAAUAUAAUA